AUCACUGUACCGUGAAUCUCAUUGAAUCUCGCCCAGACUCGAAAGGGGAAAAAUGUCCGAGGAAACUCCCGCACCUGCUCCCGCCCCGGCCAAGGCGGCCAAGAAGAAGAAGACGACGGCUUCCAAGCCCAAGAAGGUCGGCCCCAGCGUGGGCGAGCUGAUUGUGAAGGCCGUGGCCGCUUCCAAGGAGCGCAGCGGCGUGUCCGCAGCCGCUCUCAAGAAGGCUCUGGCUGCCGGAGGCUACGAUGUGGACAAGAACAAGGCCCGCGUCAAGACCGCCAUCAAGAGCCUGGUGGCGAAGGGCACUCUGGUGCAGACCAAGGGCACCGGCGCCUCCGGAUCCUUCAAGAUGAACAAGAAGGAUACUGACAGCAAAGCCAAGAAGCCCGCAAAGAAAGCCGCUCCUAAAGCCAAGAUGCCCGCCGCUGCCAAAGCCAAGAAACCGGCAGCAGCUGCUAAGAAGUCGCCCAAGAAGGCAGCAGCAGCCAAGAAGCCCGCAGCCGCUAAGAAGUCGCCUAAGAAGGCCAAGAAGCCCGCGGCGGCGGCGGCCAAGAAAGUGACCAAAAGCCCCAAGAAGGCAGCCAAGAGCCCCAAGAAGGUGCUGAAGAAGGCUCCCGCAGCAAAGAAGUCCCCCGCCAAGAAGGCCGCCAAGCCCAAAGUCAAGAAGGCAGCCACAGCAGCCAAGAAGAACUGAUCAAACACACACAUCCACACAUGUGCAACAAGACUGCUGUAAGUGCAAUUCUCUUCUUUUUUUUCUGACAAAGUUGUACUUUUGUAUUUUCUCACUCAGUUGUAUAUAGCAUUUGGAUUCUAUUUUAUGCUAUUGUGUAUAUAGUAUUGUAUUUUUUUUCAAUUCCAGUGUCACCUACUUCUUCAGUGUCUUCUGCUACAUAACUUUGCACUUUUGCUGUAACGAAACAAACAAACCUGUGGGACUAAUGAAGGUUAUCUCAUCUUAAAAAAGGCAACAAAUGUGACUGAAAAUAUUACAUUUAUAGAUACAUGUUAUGAUCUAUAUGAGAUAUUUCACUUCUAUUUUUACUUUUUGAAAGCCUACACUGGCUGUUUUAGUGGAAGUAAACUGUAUAUUUUAAUGAUACUUUGCCAGUAUCAUCCACUUGAAAUGCUCUACUCUACCUUACCUGACUAAAUCUAGGCCAGAUGAAUUGAUGUUUGGUGAUUUCAGGGACACAUUUUACUCCAAGCUGAAUUUUAGCAUGUAUUUAUUUCAUUACUCAUUUCAUAACCAAUUUGAUUCAUGUACAUUUGAACUAAUGGAGUUCUGUAGCGUUAAGGAUGCAGGGAAUUGCGUUAUUUCAAAAUAUAGUCUUGAGGUUUACUUCUUGACCUCACCGAUCCUUUUGAUAUCCCAGCUGAAGAAGAGUCCGGGGCUGCCCUGUGUCCCCCUCCUCUGUAGUUUUUAUACUAAUUCUAUUGUUCAGUCUGGGGGGGCUGUCCUCUCUCCAGGCUAGUAACUGUAACUCUCAUUUUAUUGAAUAAGUUCUUCCCACUAUACAGUUACACACCAAAGUUUAUAGCUAAACCAACUGAUUUGGCACAUCAGAGGUCAGGGUUCAGCAACUUAAUCUAAAGCUUUAAGGUCGCAUGAAAUGCUUUGAGAACAAAAAUCCACUAUUGUCCUUAAAACAGGGGUUGACAAAGUCAUUCUAACAAAACACACACUUAGGAAUGAUUUCCUGUUCUUCUGAUCUCCAGCAGCCCCCUGUUACAUAAGCAAACCUAAACACAUUCUAUUGUAAUCGUUGUUUUAUUCUACUCACAAUAGACAAAAAAA